ACACUCAUCACACUAUUAUGGGUCACACACUAUUAUUAGUCACUAUUAACUUUAAUCGUCAAAAGCUAUUAUAUUAUAAACUAUUUAUCAAUAUAAUUAUGUUUCAUACGUAAACAAAUUUAUUAUGUAGCAUUGAAUACGUCACACGCAUGCUUCAACACCGAAAUAAGCGCGUUUUUAAUCGAUUGCCGCUAGACGCCCAUUCAUCUGUCAAAGUAAUGCUGGAUUUGUAAACAUUCUAAAGUUUGUGCUCUAGAUUUGUUAGUCUCUAAAGAGUGAAACUAUCUUAUUCACGGCUGAAAAAUGGCUUCAACAUCGAAAAACAGGUAUGAUUCACAUUCUUCAUAAAGAAAUUCGAAUGAUUAUCGCGAGAUUUCCGAAAUUUCAAGCAAAACAUAAGUGACCCAUUUUACUGCCAUGAAACACAUAGUUUUUCACUAUUAUGGGUCACUCAUGAUGUGCAACUUCACCCUGCAUAUUUCAUGCUAAAAUGUGAUUGUCGACUACGAUUUUUCUAGUGGUUCCAAGCGCAAAUCUUCCCCUCGGAAGCAGUACCAUCCGGAGGAUUUGGAACGAGCUAUUGAGGAAGCACGAAAGACCGGAAAAAUGCGAAGAGCAGCUAAGAUGUUUCAUGUUCCGUUUUCAACUGUCCAACGUUACAUUCGAACGCCUCCGAAAGGUCAAAAACCUGGUCCUGGAACAGUUUUGACAGCGGAAGAAGAAGCUCGAAUUAAGACAUGGGUUCUCUACAUGUCAAGAGCUGGAUUUCCAUUGAGUGAGUCGGAUAUACUCAGCACUGUAAGCGAUUAUGCAGAAAAAAUCCGGAAGACGAGAAAUAUCCCCAGUACUUUUCCAUGCAGAAACUGGACCCGUUGUUUCUUGGAGAGACACCCGGACUUGAGGAAAAAACGCGUCACAAAACUCUCAAAAGCCGGGGCGGUCGUUACGGAGCAGCAAAUCCGUCACUGGUUUCUAGAGGUGGAAGAAACCCUGCAAGAGGACGGCAUUGAUCUAUCGAUCUUUGACGAGCCGGAAAGAAUUUACAACUUCGACGAAUCGGGCUUUAAACUUGUUCCGCAGGACUUCAACGCGAUUUGUGGACCAAAUGUCGAAAACUCGUACUUCGUCCACAACAAUUCAAGUAAAGACAAUUACACUGUCCUUUUUGGAAGCAAUGCUGAGGGAACGCUUACACCACCAAUGAUCCUGUAUCCGGGAAAAAGAGUAACCCGCGAAAUCGUUGAAAAUACACCGAAUGGCUGGUCUGUAGGCGUUUCUGAUGAAGGUUGGCAGACGUCAAAGACUUUUUUUGAAUACAUGACAAACGAUUUUUAUAAAUGGCUGUUGGAUAAUCACAUUAAAUUUCCCGUUGUUGUGUUUGUGGAUGGACAUAAAAGUCACAUCAGUAUUGAACUUACUGAGUUCUGUACAGCACACGAAAUAAUGUUGAUUGCACUCUAUCCCAACUCUACGCGUAUCCUGCAGCCAUUGGAUAGACAGUUUUUUGUGACGCUAAAGUAA